AUGCCCCAGAGGAACGUGUGUCAGCAAUGCAAAGCGUACGACGAAGGCGCCGAGGACCCCCAGGACGGGCGGUUUUAUUGCAAUUCCUGCUGGGCGGCCUACAACGGUUUCAGCGGUGACACCAAGAAUGGUGCGACGAAGGGCGGUCGCCGUGGUGACAAGGAAAAGAAGGUGCGGGCGCCACGUCGAAAAGAGCCCGCGGCCAUGAACAAUUUGGGCCACGAUGCCCAGGGCGUCCUUCGUCGACUGGAGGGCAUGUACGCAAGCUGCUCGCAUAAAAGACGCCCUGAAACCCUGGCGACGAGUCUUCUGGAGGACGUGUCGAUGGUCAUGGCCGACACGGACAGGCAACAGCGCGCGAGUUCGUUUGUUGGACAGUUCAUGCAGCGGCAGCGGACCAUCACGGUGGUGUCUCACUUGGGUGAGCCCCUCUCGCCUCGUGGCGAUCGUGUAGGAUGUGUGGGGCGCUCCGCAUACCAGGAGAGUCGCAAAGUGCCGCUGGACAUUUUGCUCUCCAGCGUGGACGAUAUCGUCUCACAAAUAUAUGUUAACUUUGAUGAGAGCAUGACGCAAGUCAUCCUGAAUGCCCUUGACAGGGUGACAACGUGCGAUACACAGAACCAGCGGGACGCCAUGCGGGUGCGUGUCAUUGACGAACUUCUGGAGACCCUUGGCGACGAACACUACGAUCUCCUCCAGUGUGUCAUGCACCGACCACGUGACAUCUUUCUUCGUCUUCUGGAGGAGUUCUGCACUCUUGAGGACGACGAUGACAAUACGGGUGCCGGGAACACAUCUGCCGCGUCACCACAACACGCACUAACCGUUCGUUUUGUGAAGACAGCAAAGCAACGUUCAGCCAUGCGGGAGGUGGUGUUUGCCCACAAUGGUGAGGCGACGGACCAACGUUGGCUGGCUCACAUGACGCAGCGGUAUCGACAGCUUAUGCGAGAGUCGGACUUGGAUCAGUUAUUUAAGCGUGAUCUCAGCGUCAUUGGUUCCUCCAUGCCGAGUGGUGCCACCGUUGUGCAGAAGAAGGACCACAUCCGUAUUCACGUCCCUCCACCCACCCAGAAGGUGAUGCCCAUGACUGAACGUGUGUGUGUUGCCACAUCCCUGCCGGAGUGGACACAUGCGGCCUUUCAAACCGUAACGCACCUCAACGCCAUCCAGACCACUCUCUUUCGAACGGCUUUUUACACGUCGCAGAACAUGCUUGUGUGCGCGCCGACGGGUGCGGGCAAGACUGUGUGUGCCCUUUUGGUGAUGCUGCGCUGCAUUCAGGAACACUUUGUGGAGGGGACUCUGAAUCGGGAAUUUAAAAUCAUAUUUGUUGCGCCCAUGAAAGCACUUGCACAAGAGAUGGUAGAGAACUUUUCACGCCGUUUGGCGCCCUUUGCAAUGGUGGUGCGGGAGCUCACGGGCGACAUGCAACUCACUAAACGAGAGGUUGCCCAGACGCAGGUCAUUGUGACAACGCCAGAGAAGUGGGAUGUCAUUACACGUAAGCAAAGCAACGAGGACCUCGUGCAACAGGUUCGGCUGAUCAUCAUCGACGAGAUCCACCUUUUAAAUGAAGACCGCGGCCCGGUUCUGGAGGCCAUUGUUGCCAGGACGCUGCGCCAGGAUGAGCUCCACGCAGACCAACAACGGCCGACGCGCCUUGUAGGUCUCUCCGCGACGCUGCCAAACUACAAGGACGUGGCAAAUUUCUUACAUGUUGAUCUUGAGGAGGGUUUGAAGGUAUUUGGUCCCGAAUACCGCCCAGUACCACUGGAACAGACAUUUCUCGGCCUGCACACCGGUGCAAAAGACAAGGAACAUCAGCUGGAUUGGCUUGCGUACACCGAGGUGGCACGAAACGUGCGGGAGGGACAUCAAGUAAUGGUCUUUGUACACUCGCGGAAGCAAACGGUUGGUCUUGCCAAGUACUUUGUCGAGGAGGCAACGAAACACGAUCAGGGCAAUCUCUUUAAGCCGAGCGGCAAGUUGCCAACGGAGGCGGUGAAGCGGGGCGGCAGUCUUCAAGGUCGCGAAUUGACAAAUCUGUUUUCGUCCGGUUUUGGUGUUCACCACGCCGGCCUCAUUCGGCAUGACCGCACCACAACGGAGGGCUUAUUCCGCGAUGGGUUCAUAAAGGUGCUUGUCUGCACCAGCACGCUUGCGUGGGGUGUGAAUCUGCCGGCACACACCGUUAUUAUCCGUGGGACACAUCUGUACGACCCAAGGCGUGGGGGUCUCGUUCCCAUCUCUGUCCUCGACGUGAUGCAGAUCUUUGGCCGUGCGGGUCGACCGCAGUAUGAUACAAGUGGCCACGGCAUCAUCGUGUCGGACGAGAAAGACGUGGGACAUUAUCUCCGUCUGCUGGCCAAUGCUCUUCCCAUUGAAAGUCAGCUGCAGAAAACGCUUGCUGACCACCUUAACGCGGAAAUUCACGCAGGGACAAUUUCCUCCAUUGUCGAAGGCUCUCGGUGGCUGGAGUACACUUACAUGUGGCAGCGAUUGCGGGUAAAUCCGCUCCUGUACGGAUUGAAAAUAGCAGACGUCCGUCGCGACCCGAAACUGAAAACCGUGCGAUACGAACUUGUCAGUAAGGUUGCGGAGGAGCUGGCCAAUGCCGGCAUGAUUCGCUACAAUCCACAAACGGGUGCAGUGGAUACCACAGAACUAGGGCGCAUCGCAAGCCACUAUUAUAUUUCACAUGAGUCUAUCGCGACGUUUAACCAAAAAAUGCGAAGGCCGGAUGAGACGUGGAUUGAUAGCCUUGACAUUGGUUCUGCCAUGAAUGUAAUUGCAUCCGCAAGUGAGUUUUCUCAGUUGCGUGUACGGCAGGAGGAGCUUGACGAGUUGCAAAAGAUACAUGCCAUGUUACCAAAGAAGGUGCAGCGGUACGCGAUUGUCGGUGAGAGCGCCGACGAGACUAGUGUCGAGUGGAAAGUGACGACGCUUAUGAAGGCGUACAUUAGUCGGAUUCACGUUGAAAUGCAUUCUUUGGCCUCGGACGUCAAUUAUGUGAUGCAAAAUGCACCUCGUAUUUCACGGGCGCUUUUUGAGAUUGGGGUUCAGCGCGGUCGUCCACUGACCACCACCGUCUUUCUGACACUUUGUAAAUGCAUGGAGCAACGUUGCUGGGAGUUUGAACAUCCCUUGAAGCAGUUCAGUCUGGACUUUACAGAUGCUGUCCAGAGUCAUCUUGACAAGAAGCGACCAAGCAUGAUGCUUCUACAGGAGAUGACGGCACGCGAGAUUGGAUCUUUGGUUCAUAAUCAGCGCAUGGGUGGUGUGAUUGCUGGUUUGGUGGCGACAUUUCCCUCCGUGAGGUUAAACAUUGACGUGCAGCCCAUCACCCACACAAUUCUUCGUGUGAAGGUAACAAUCACCUCGACAUUCACCUGGAAUAGCCGCUACCACGGCUCCUCGGAGCUCUUCUGGUUGUUCGUGGAGGACCAGGACAACAAUUUUAUUUUCCACCACGAGGCAGUCUCGCUAAAGCGGAAGGAGGUGGAGAUGGGCGUGCCUGUCGUCGUAGACCUUUCGGUGCCAAUUGUUCCCGAGUACGACAUGUACUCUGUGCGUUUUUACAGCGACCGUUGGCUUGGCAGCCAGGAGGAUUUUACUUUCUCCGUGGCACACUUGCAUCUACCAGACGAUACGCAAUUAACAACGCGGCUGUUACCUCUUGCACCUCUCCGUCGUGAAGUGAUCCCGGAGGCCUACCAUGCCAUUUACAAGGGGUUUCCGCAGCUCAAUGCGGUGCAAACACAAGUGUUUCACGCUAUGUUUCACACGGACAGCAGUAUUUUUCUCGGCGCACCGACUGGUAGUGGCAAGACGGUGGCAGCUGAGAUGGCGAUGCUGCGCGUGUUUGAGCAAUGCCCUCCCGGGUCGAAGAUUGUGUACAUUGCACCACUGAAGGCACUCGUGAAGGAGCGGGUGAAGGACUGGACGGCAAGAUUUGAUCGGCAUCUCGGUCGACGUGUGUUGGAGCUUUCUGGCGACGUCAACCCCGACAUUGCCGCCUUGGUACGGGCGGACAUUUUGUGCACGACACCGGAGAAGUGGGAUGGCCUCUCGCGUAGUUGGCAGGUGCGCCGCUACGUGACGGCGGUGCGGCUUGUGAUCUUUGACGAAAUUCACAUGCUUGGCUCCGACCGCGGCCCCAUCCUCGAGGUGAUUGUGAGUCGCAUGCGCUACAUUGGCUGGCAUCGUCAGGCACCCAUCCGUCUUGUUGGUCUGUCGACUGCGGUCGCGAACCCGGCCGAUCUUAGUUCGUGGCUUGGCGUGCAAGAGAAGUGGGCCAUUUUUAACUUUGACCCUUCCGUGCGGCCGGUGCCGAUGCGUGUGUACAUUUCCGGUCACCACGGCAGAAAUUACUGUCCUCGCAUGGCAGCCAUGAACAAGCCAAUGUAUAAUGCUAUAUGUGAGAAGAGCCCCAACAAGCCUGUGAUUGUGUUUGUUUCGUCACGGCGGCAGACACGACUGACGGCAAUGGCCCUCAUUGGUUUUCUGUUGAUGGAGCAAAACACCGCCAAGUUUGUGCGCAUGGAUGUAGAUGAGGUCACCGCACUUACCGAGAAAGUUAGCGAUCCCUACGUCAAACACUGCAUGCAGUUUGGCGUUGGCAUUCAUCACGCCGGGUUGUUAGGGGAGGACCGCACAGUGGUGGAGAACGCAUUUCUUUCAGGAAAGCUGCAGAUUCUGGUGGCGACUUCGACUCUUGCGUGGGGCGUUAAUUUUCCCGCACACAUGGUGGUGGUGAAGGGCACGGAGUAUUACGAUGGGAGGACCAAAAAUUACGUGGACUACCCCAUCACAGACGUGCUGCAGAUGGUUGGUCGGGCGGGUCGUCCGCAGUUCGAUACAGAAGGGGUUGCACAGGUGUUGUGCCACGAGCCCAAAAAGGGUUUCUACCGCAAGUUUCUCUACGAUCCCUUUCCGGUUGAGAGUACGCUACACAAACAGUUGCAUGUACACAUCAAUGCUGAAAUUGUUGCCGGGACCAUCACGACACGACAGGAUGCCGUGGACUAUCUGACGUGGACGUAUCUUUUUCGCCGGCUUGUGAAGAACCCGUCGUACUACGGCGUGGAGGACCGCUCGCCAAAGGCGGUUACAAUUUUUAUCUCCACACUUGUUGCCAACGUUUUAGACGAACUUGAAGCCUGUGGCUGCAUUGCGUCACCCGGAGAUGACGAGGAGGACGAUUUGAGUCGUAAAGUGACUGGAAUGAGUGCUGUUGGCAGCAUUGAUGAUGAAAAGGACCCGGACGCUUUGACGUGUACUGUCCUCGGCAGGCUAUGCUCAUACUACUAUCUCUCACACAAGACCGUCCGUUACUUUGAUUUACACAUUGAGGCGGACAGCUCCCACGUGGAUGUCCUGAAGGCGUUGUGUGAGGCGGAGGAGUUUAAUGAGUUGCCUGUGCGGCACAAUGAGGACAAACUUAAUCUGGUGCUCAGCCAAUCAUUGCCAUUUCCUAUUAAUCCAAACAACGCGGAAUCCCCACAUGUGAAGGCGUUUCUGCUCUUUCAGGCGCACUUUGAGCGGGCUAGUUUGCCCAUUUCAGACUACCACACGGAUCUGAAGUCCGCACUUGACAAUGCCGUGCGUAUCGUGCAGGCGAUGGUCGACAUCACAUCAAAUAACGGGCAUCUGUACGCUGCGCUGCGAUGCAUGUCGUUGCUUCAGUGCAUGGUGCAAGGCAUUUGGUGGCACUCCAGCACCCUGCUUCAGAUACCACACGUCACGGCGGGAAUGUUACCAAUGAUUGCUUCACGCUGCGGUAACCUUGAGCACGCGGCGCAGGUUGCAAAUAGUUCCAUCACCGCGCUGCAAACAUUAAAAGCGGUGCUCCGCGAAGACUGUGGCCUGAGUGAGACGCAGCUGCGCGAGGCGAUGGCGGCCAUACAAGGGUUUCCUCUCAUUGAUGUGCGACUCUGUCUCUCCCGCACCCCCGACCGAACCUCCAGCAGCGGGGACGCGGAGCACUCGUUUGAUGGAUCAGAAACAGCCGCCGAUGUGGCCUACACACUGACGGUGCACCUUACACGUCUUUCUGUUCAUAACAAACAUGUCGUCGCCCCGCACUUCACGAAACCAAAGGAUGAGCAGUAUUGGCUAGUGGUGGGCAACGAGAAAACGGGUGAGUUAAUCGCCUUGAAGCGCGUGAACCGGCUUGUGAAUUGUGUGGAGAUGACGUUGAAUUUUGAGUGGGACGACGAGUGGGCCGAGUUUGCAGAGGGCGGCACGGUGGCUCUCAGUCUGUACGUCGUGUGUGACUCGUACGUUGGGCUCGACCAGCAGUACAACUUCAGCGUGCCAGUGCCCGUGGGCAUGUGA